AGAUUCGCCGGGGGGGGGGGCGCGGCUGGGAGGGGGCGGGACUUCGCUUCCAGGUGCGGAGAGGGGCGUCGUGAAGGUUUAAAAGCGUGCCCGCCUCUCCCUGCUCUGUAAAGUGCAGUUUCCCGGUGCUUGGAGACCGCAACGCACGGGAUCUGGGUCUGCGGGGCGAGGAUUGAGCGUUCCCUCCUGGGAAGGCGCGGUCUGGCCGCAGAGUCCGCCGCGCCGGGAGCCGGCUGCCUGGAGAGACGAACCUCCGAGUCCCGGGGAGCCGGGGCGGUGCGUCCUGCAGCUCCUGUCCCCGCGGGGCCCCUUCCCGGGUCGCCCAUGUCCCUUAUCCGGGGACAUGGAGACACUGCGGCCACCACGGCGGUGCUGUCUGAAGAAGGGGAGGUGACCUCGGACCUCCAAGCUCUGGCCGUGGAGGAUCCGGGAAACCCCUCUGCUUCGGCCGGGAAAGCCGAGGACGAGGCGGGAGGAGGCCGGGAGGCGGCGGCGCGGGAGGGCGCCGGGGCGGAGGAGCUGCGGGGAGCAGCCGCGGGCGCCGCCGACGACGACGACGACUGGAACGUGCCCUGCAGCGACGAGGAGUUGGAGCUCCCGCCCGACGGCCAGCCCUGGAUGCCGCCUCCCGCCGAGAUCCGGCGGCUCUACGAGAUGCUGGCUGCCGGCCACAUCCCGGAGCUGAAGACCCGGAUCCUGCCCCGACGGCCGCCCACCCCCGAAGCCCCUAGCGAAGAGGAGAGAUCCGACGACGAGCCCGAGGCCAAAGAAGAGGAGGAGGAAAAACCCCAUAUGCCUACAGAAUUUGACUUUGAAGAUGAACCUAUGACACCAAAGGACUCCCUGAUUGACCGGAGGCGCACCCCAGGAAGCUCAGCCCGGAGCCAGAAACGGGAAGCCCGCUUGGACAAGGUCCUCUCAGACAUGAAGCGCCAUAAGAAGCUGGAGGAGCAGAUCCUUCGGACUGGCCGGGACCUCUUCAGCCUGGACUCAGAGGACCCCAGCCCCUCCAGCCCCCCACUCCGGUCUUCAGGGAGUGGUCUCUUCCCCCGCCAGCGAAAGUACUGAUAUCUGCUGCUGUGGGGUGCAGCUCUAGACCUGCUGGGGUCCUGUCCAGGCUUCCAGACAACUUGGGGAGAGGGGAGGAGCCCCAAGCUCCCAGCACAACACCCUGCGGUGAGGGAGGUUGUGAGUGUGUGUGUUUCUGUUGACCAGCUUCUGUUUGGACACCUGCACUGAGCUUUCUUCCCUUUUUUCCACUCUUUGUGUUUUUGAGAGUGGAACUGGAUUUUCUGUAUCUAAAAUAAAAAAAAAAGAAGUGCAAAGUUUUCUUUUAGCA